AAAUGCACCUUCCGUUGUCCUGACGAUAGCCAACGCGUUUAGCUCGCUCCACUCACUCACUCAUUUCUUCCCUGCUAAGAAUCCAUGGCUGCUGCUGCAGCAGCACCGGCAAUGGCUGUGAACGGAAUAAAGAUAGGCACAGCAUCGCAGGCACACCUAGAAAGCAUGGCAGCGAAAGAGACCAGAGUUCUGAUUUCUGGAUUCUCUCGCCACUUCUACAAUCUUGGGCGGGCCUCAGGCACAUCUGGAAGCACCACCAUUAAAGUCCACGAUCACUACACUCGUAAACCACCGCAGCUUAUGGUCAUGUCCUCUUCAGGUGGUUUGUCUGCUCCAUCUCCGAAACCUCACCUGCCUAAAACUCCAAAGUCUUCUGAUUAUGGGUCUCUCUUCACGAAGCUCGGAAUAGACUUUUCUUCUCCAAGUGAUGGUCCAAUGCAAAGAGUACGAAGCGGUUUAGGGAUGGGCCAGAGGCGAAAUGUGUUAACCAAGGCACAGGGAUCUGAGCGUGAAAUGGAUCCAUUUCCUCACUGCAUUGUUCUUGACAUUGAGGGGACUACUACUCCCAUAUCGUUUGUUACAGAGGUUCUCUUCCCAUAUGCACGUGCUAAUGUUGGUAGGCAUCUAUCUGCUACAUAUGAUAACCCUGAGACGCAAGAUGAUAUUAAGCUGCUUCGCUCUCAAGUUCAAAAUGACUUGGAACAAGGGAUUGCAGGUGCUGUGCCUGUUCCCCCAGAUGAUGCUGGGAAAGAGGAAGUCAUCGCUUCUUUGGCUGCUAAUGUAGAAGCUAUGAUUAAGGCAGAUAGGAAGAUCACUGCCUUGAAAGAGUUGCAGGGUCAUAUAUGGCGAACGGGUUUUGAGAGUAAGGAAUUGGAAGCCAUAGUUUUCGAUGAUGUACCAAAAGCACUUGAGAAGUGGCAUGCCUUGGGUAAAAAGGUGUACAUAUAUUCUAGUGGCAGUAGGUUGGCGCAGAGGCUAAUAUUUGGAAAUACAAACCAUGGGGAUCUGAGAAAAUACUUGUGUGGGUUUUUCGACACCAAAGUGGGUAACAAAAGAGAGACAUCCAGUUACGUUGAAAUUUUUGAGUCACUUGGCGUUGAUAAACCGUCAAAUAUUUUAUUUUUGACUGAUGUUUCUCAAGAAGCUACUGCUGCAAAGGCUGCAGGAUUGGAGGUGAUGAUUUCUAUUCGACCUGGAAAUGGACCUCUUCCGGAAAAUCAUGGAUUCAGGACAGUCAAUUCCUUCUUGGAGAUAUGAGAGUAGUAGUUAAAUUGAUUGUGUAAAUAUGUUAAAUGUGCCGCAACCACCAUAGAUGUAUACUUCAUAACGUUCACUUUCCCAAAACUGAGAGUUUGGUCAAUUGAGGUUUACAGUUUAUUAGACUGUCUUCCACGGCGGGACAUGAUCAAGCCCACUGCCCACGCCAAUCAUAAAAGAUUUAAGUUUUCAUUACUU